UAAAAAUAUUGAUUGUUUAAACGUUAACAAUAAUUUGUUCACAGAUUUCUUUUCAUGAAAAAUAUUAGCUAUGUUAUAUUACGAUCCUAAUAGUUAAAUUUUUAUUCGGAUAAAUUGGUUGUUAUUUAAUAAGUUUACGAAAAGAUGUUUUGACUUUUUGAAGAAAUUAAUUAUGAAUAUGGAUUGUCUUAAAUGGUACGAUUCUUCCUAUAAAUUAUCUGCAGAUUUGAACAAUACAAAUUACACCUUGGCUUUAAAACCAUCAUGGUUAAAGAAUUUAAAAACAAAAUAUGGUUCAAUUUCAAAACUUUCAUUUCUAGGAAGCUCAAAUAAAUUAAUCUCUUUAGAAUAUUCAAAUAAUAUGGUUAUGUAUGACUGGUCUAGAUUAGAUAUUAAAAUAUUUAAGACAAAAUAUCCAGGGAGUGGCAAAGUAACAAACCUGAGUAGUAAUUUAUUUGGAAAUAAAAUUUCUACAUGUACGAAUGAUGGGAAAAUUCAACUGUGGGGUUUUAAAUUUUCCAAUUUUCUCAUAAUUAAAGAGAUAAAAGGCCAUUUUUUACCUGUGCAAAGUGUUGAAUUUUCUUAUGAUAAUAACAAAUUAGUAUCGUGUUCAAAUGAUAAAACAUUUAAAAUAUGGGAUUGUCAAACACUAAAAUUUUUGGCAAGCAAUAUAUUUCAUCGUAAUUGGGUUAAUACUGCUAAAUUUUUCAACAAUGAUAGAGUUGUAGUUUCAUGUUCUAGAGAUUCUUAUAUUCAAGUCUACGAUUGUUUUUCAGGAAAAUGUGUAAUUAAAUUUAAUAUUGGUACAGAUUAUGCUGAAACUCUUACUCUAAAAACAGAAAAUUCUAUUGCAGUUGGAACUGCAAAAGGCUCUGUUCGUUUAUAUGAUAUAAGAGUACCAAAUGUAGUACAAGUUUUUCGUGAACAUAUUGGCAAUAAAAUUAAUUGUAUUCAUUAUCAACAUAAUUCACCGUGUUUAGUAACUGGAUCGAUAGAUAAAACACUUAAUGUUUAUGAUACUAAUGAAGGUAGAUUUCUGUACUCAAUUAAUCAUGAGGAUCAAAUAAAAACAUUUGAUAUUUCUCUUAAUGAUCAAUAUUUAGCAACAACAUCUUUUGCUUCAACAAAUGAAAUUACUAUAUGGGAAACAAAGUCGAUAAAUAUCUAAUGGAGUAAAUUUUAUCCAACAUAACUUUAACAAUUCGACAAUAUUUAGCUAAAUUUUCAAUUUAGUUAAACUCACCAUUAAUUAUUUUAUAUUAAACUUUUAAAUGAACAAAAUAAAAUAAAACUAAGUUCCUAUUUUUA